CCUGACUGCGUCAUCAUUGAGGGCCUAGAAGGUAAAUUUGUUGACUGGUCGAGUUUUAGCGACAGCAGCUCUUCUUUUCGGACAUUGUGCCGCGGAAUAAGCCUCUGCAGAGCGGCCGUGGGUGCGCUGGUGUCCCCGUGAGGUGCUUUCUUCCUCUGAGGUCAAGCAAUUUUGUUGAUUUAUUGCCAUGGCGUCUCCAGGGGGGCAAGGAGGGGUUUUGUCCACACGAGGAGGCGGGGCCACGCGGAGGAUGAAGUGGGCUCUGGAGCUGAGCCUUGGAAACACCAGGGGUCGGGGGGAUCGGCAGGGGGCUCAGGGAGACGUGGUUUAUCCCAUUGGAUACUCGGAGAAACCCGUCCCAGACACCAGCAUCCAGGAGACAGACAAGAACCUGGUGGAGAAGCGCUGCUGGGAUGUGGCCCUGGGGCCCCUGAAGCAGAUCCCUAUGAACCUGUUCAUCAUGUACAUGUCUGGAAACACCAUCUCCAUCUUCCCCAUCAUGAUGGUCUGCAUGAUGGCGUGGAGGCCAAUCCAAGCUCUCAUGUCCAUGUCAGCCACCUUCAAGCUGUUGGAGAGCUCCAGCCAGCAGUGGCUGCAGGGGCUGGUUUACCUGGUGGGGAACCUUCUGGGCUCAGCGUUGGCCAUCUACAAGUGUCAGUCCAUGGGGCUGCUCCCCACGCACUCGUCUGAUUGGCUGGCUUUCAUCGAACCUCCUCAGAGAAUGGAGAUCAUGGGAGGGGGGAUGGUGCUGUGAAGCCCGAUGGCCACCCCCCCCGCUACCCCCCAACCACAGUCCUACGUGUUCUCUCCCUUGGCAGCAGGAGGUGCCGCACCACUUCAUUCAUUUUCCAUCUUUUUCAGGAAAGUUGCAUUCAUUUGCUGACUGAUGCUUGUGAGCUGGUUCCCUCCUGGAUCUGCUCAGGUUUCUUCUUGUGUGUUUUCAUGCUAACCGGCUUUAAUUUCUGUAGAUUUGUUUCUGUGAAAUGUUCUAAUAAAAUUAUAAUUAUUAUA